ACCCUCUUGCGUGCAAUAUCACCAUAAGAAAAAAGAGGGGCGCAGAGAACGAUGAGUUACCUAAUGACGACGCUGACGAAAAAGCGAGAGGUGGACACAAUCAUUAGAGACACCAUUGACAAGGUCCUCGUCCUCCGUUUUGGCCGUGCUUCCGACCCUGUCUGUCUCCAUCUUGACGACCUCCUUCGUAAAUCCUCUCGGGAGGUCUCUAAGUUUGCGACGGUAGCACUCGUAGAUAUCGAUUCCGAGGAAAUUCAAGUUUAUGUCAACUAUUUUGACAUUUCUUUUAUACCUUCCACUAUUUUCUUCUUCAAUGCUCACCACAUGAAGAUGGAUUCUGGUACUGCAGAUCAUACUAAAUGGGUAGGUGCAUUUCAGAAGAAGCAAGAUUUCAUUGAUGUUGUUGAGGCAAUAUAUAGAGGGGCCAUGAAAGGCAAGCUGAUAGUGAGUUGCCCUCUGCCUUCAGAGCGAAUACCAAAGUAUCAAUUGUUGUACAAGGAUGUGUAGAUGGUGGAUUAGCCUUAGUAAAGUCUCAGCUAAGUAUUUUUUAUUAUCCUAAAUGAUAAACCUUGCUCUAAAAGAACACCGAACUUUUUUGUAAGGUUCUUUUGUGGGGGAGCUUUGAGUGAUAUUCUGCUAGUCUCUGAGAUCCAUAAUGAUUCACCCAUGUACAUUAGAAAUGUAUUUUGAGUGGAACUUCAAAAACAUUCAUAAGGAAGGAGAUAAAGAUAA